AUGACAAUAAAUACAGGGAUCUCCAUGGAUGAAAAUGGAACGAUGGAGGAACUUUCACCAUCACAAACCAUAUCUAAGCAGUACAGUGUAGCACCAUCCAAAGCAAAUGACAAUGAUCGGCAUUCACCAAACCCAACAGCCACUCAGUGCUAUACAUGUUCUGUUGCCAGCAAAGUUCAUAGUCCACCUAAUCAUCAAAAAGCUUUUAUAACAAGCGUAGAUGUGAUAGAUGUAUUAAAACAAGAGAAGAUACACCGGAGACAUGACAGAAAACAUGAAUUUCGGAUACAGGUCUCUUGGUCUAAUGGUGAAAAAACAGAAGUCAACAAAACAUAUCCAGAAUUACGAGAAUUUCAUCAAAAGGUGUAUCAGCAGUUUCCUGAUGAUGAGAACAUUAAACAAGAUGGGGUGUCAUUUUACUUAGGAAGUCCACAGAAAGAUGAUAACCAGGAUAAAGGACAUCAGCAAGUAACUUCAUUUGUAAGUUACUUGUCCAGCUUACCAAAACAUGUCAGGGAAUCAGACCAUUUCAUACAGUUUUUCAAGGGAGACAACUUUCAGAAUAACCCACCACUACCUGAACAAUCAGCUUUACCUGACAUUCCACCUGCUAAUGAGGGUAGUACAGAAGAUAUGGAAUCAAUGUGUACUACACCUUACACACCAACGCAGUCUUUCACUGUAUACAACUCUAAUUUUCCUCAAGGAGAUUCAUUGAAUUGUAUACCAUCCCCAAUGGCAGUACAACAUGUACCUUUUUAUGGACCUAUGUAUAGACCUCCGUAUCAAUCUCCAGCGUCCUCUGGUCAUGCUUCACCAAACAACAGUCGUUCCACCUCUCCUGGAGAUACUGGAAUGGAUCAGAUUACUGCCCUGGUCAACAAACUUCAACUACAGAAAUAUAGAAGUGGUCUAGACAAGUUCACUAUAGAACAGUUGACUGCUCUACCAAUAGAUAUGAUAGUCAAAGAAUGUGGUAUGAACAUGGAAGAAGCUACCAGGAUCUCUACUGAGUUAGACGAGAGGAUAAGAGAAAAACAACAACCAACUAGAUUACCAAAUGGAAUAAUGGAACCUUGUAUUCCUGGACCAAUGUCUCAUUACCAAGCAUUGUACAUGCCCCCACCUCAAACUAUGUAUCCUAUGAUGCGUUUCCCGAUUCCAAACAAUGUAAUAGCUGCCAGAGAUACCUCGUCAUCAGAGAACUCUAGUCCCUCACUUAGUCCUGUACCUCAGAAGAAACCUCCACAGAAAGGUGCUGAUAGCUCAUCAGAUGAUAGUGAGAAAGGAAAUAGAGUUGAUUCUCCAUUUCUGGAUGGUAAGAAGGAAGUACAUAAUCCUAGUCAGAACACAGAGGAAAUGAAUAGUGAAACUCCUCUACAAGCUGUUCACCAUGCCUUUGAGAAUGUACAUGGGCACAGCAGUAGUGGUAGUGGAUACCAGUCUGAUCCAACUCCAACACAAGGGCCUUUCGUGCGUGUCAUUAUUCCUAACAACUCUUACAAAGCUCAGCCUACUCAUACUAAUAUGAGUUUUCCAAAUAAGACAUUAAUCAGUAUGCCAGACACUGUUGGUGGACGUCGUAUUGGAUAUGCAUAUCCCUACCAACGAUGUGAUAACCAAACUACAACUGUAGCAUCAAAUAGCAGCAGCAAUGGUCCAGAACUGACCCGUAGGCCAGUCAUGCCUGGUCAGAUUCCAAUGAUAAGAUCUCCAACAGUCAGUGGAAAUGGCCGCAACUUAAUGUGUUCUGUCACUGCAUCAGCGACUCCUGUUAUGGCAGCGAAUCUUCAAAACAGUUUAAAUGGCAAUAUUCGAAAUAGUGGUUUGGCUCCAUCAAUAUCAGAUCCAGGUCUUUCACCUAAUCAAGAAUCCCAAAACGGAUCUGGAAAUCAGAGUCCAUUGCCAAAUGGUAACCCUGUAACUUGUUCUGGACCUAAUGGACACAUCAGUCAUGCCCAGUGUACUUCCUGUGGCUGUACGGGAAGCCAUCAAGUUCCUUCAUAUCAAGUCCACUUACCAAAUCAUCAUUACUUACAGAAUCAAAUGAUGUUUCCACCUUUUAUGAAUGCAAAUCCAAACGGGAUAGUUCACCACCCAUAUUAUCAUCCACAUUUCCAAUAUCCAAUAUCAAAUGGAAUACCUCCGAGUUACCUUCAAGCAAUCAAUCAUCAUCCAUAUCCAAAUGUAGUCGGGGCUCAGUAUAGCUGUUUUCCUCCAGUUGCGUUACAACGUCGGAACAGUGCAGGCUACAAUGCUGGAAAGCCUCCAAGAACCACUUCUGCAACUUGUUCCAACUGUGGGUCGACUGAUCAUGUAUCCUCCGAGUGUAAAGAAAGCUCCAUGGAAUCCAUGUCAGCUUCUUUUCAUUUAAAAUAUGAUCCUAAAUCAAAUUCGGAUUGACUAGCAAAGGAGAAAAACAACUAUAUAUCACCCAAGGCUAACAUAUAUCCUCAAAGAAGAAAACAUUUUAUGUAUUUACCAAGAACAUUUUCUCUGAGAAAGUGAAUGUGGAGAGUGGUUUUAUACCAGACUUUCUGGGAUCUCUGUGAUAUCCCAUUCUCCAUAUUUUAAUCAUGUGAUUUGGUCAUGUGACUGUUUUAAAUUGUGAUUAUUCUUACAAAUCAGUGACAUUUUGUUUAAUCAUGUUUUGAGAGUGUAUUGAUGUAAUUUUUGAAUGAAUCAGUUUUUACUAGUGUUUGAAUCUUUGUUUAAUCAUGAUUUUAAUGUUUUAUGCCUGUGUAAAUGAUGAUUAUAUUGUAAUGUGUAAAUUAUGUGUGUGAAUAUUUCUGCAGCUGAACAAUAUGAGAAGUUUGAUUGGUCUAGAAAAGUAAUUGGCCUUGUCCAGUGUCACUUAUAAAUGUUCUAAUGCACAACAUUUUUAUAGCUGAUAUAUUAUAAAAAAAACAUUCAAUGAAAAAAAUCAAAAGAUCUUGUUCUUAUAACAUGUUUUAAUAUGCUUAAAAAGCAAUUUAUAAAUAAGAAUUAAUCAAUCAGUAUUUGAUAUUUGAUUUCAAAUCUUAUAUUCUGCUAAAGUACUUAUAAGAUUUGAUACAGUUAUAAAUAGCAUUUUAUUUAAAUGUACUUAACUGUUAGGCAUUGAUUAAGUAUUUAAACUAAGUAUUUCGAUUUUGAUCAAUUCCUCUGAGCUUAGAAUUUCAGAAUAAUUGCAAACUGUAGUGUUGUUGCAUCAUCUAGUAAAGUUCUCCCGUUAUUUAGAGUGCACUUGAUAAUUUGUUAAUCACAUUAGUAUUAUCGCAAUAAUUGAAGUAUGUCCAGAUUCAACAAUUUUUUUAUCUUUUACUAUCAUUUUAUAAGAUGUUUGCAUUAGCUGUGUUUCACAAAUUGUGCUGAAGAGUUAAAUAACAAAUUUUUGUGGUUUUAAUUGAUUGAUUUCAUUAUUUUUUACAUGCUUCAGUGGAAAAACAAAUUUAAAGUAAAAGAACUUUCAAACUCAAAGUUAAGAAUCAUAAAGUAUCACCUAAUUUAUUGAAAUAUUCAGAUAUACUCUGAUAUCCCCAUGAAAAGACUUGUUGAUAUUGGGGUUUUCCCCUCCACUCAAAUAAUCCUAGGUUAGUGCAAUUUAAAGUAUUAGUGCUCUUUUUUUGUUUUAAACAUAUAAUCAGAUUUUGUAAUUAAAUGGUAAGUGCUUUGUCAUAAACUUUGUGAUAUUUUUGUGCCAUGAAUGAUGUAAUAACUCAGUGAUAAUUCUUCAAAAUAGUCCUAUACAAGAUUUUUUUUAACUUACAUGUUAUUUAGCAUGAUAGCAAAAGGGAUGCCUGCCAGUUAAGCAAUAGAUUUAUUUUAUGAAUUAAUAUUUAUUUUAGGCUUGAACAGCAUAUUUUCUUUUUUUUCACCAAAAGAAAGCUGCAAGAAUAAAAACUUGCAUAAUAACCCAUUACCUAAGUGCUCUCUGAUAUAGGUUAUGGUCAAAACAAAAGAAAUGGCUUUUUCUUCACUCAUAAAUUAGAAUAUUUGCGACUUUGAAUAAGACCAGAAAAAGAUAUUUAAGUUUUCAAAGUAGAAUAAGUGUGAAUUGUUUAGUAAAAUGUGCAUGUGAGCCCCUUGUUCUGUGUAUAUGAGUAUGACCUGUAUGUAUGGUUUCAUAUGUUGAAUGCAAGUCAAAUACUGAUAUACUUGACCAGGGUUCUAGUCAGUUUAAGAAUAUGAAUUUUGAUCUCAUUUUUAACAUUUUAGAUCUAAACUAAAUUUUGAAUUUCAGCUGAUUUUUUUUUAGGUCAAACAAUUUCAGUUUCCUAGGAUUGACAAACACUCAUUUUGAAUCUUAUCUGGAUUGGCUAAGGAGUUUUGUUGUUGGCCUUCAUUUUAUUGUUUUAAUUGUAAAAAAAUGUACAUUUGUAAUAAAAUCAAGAUUUUUAUUUACUUUUUUAUAAAAUUAUUAAUUCUUCAACUGGAUCUUGUCCCAUUAUCAUUGCAUUCAAGAAAAAAAAAUGAAAGUUGGAACAUAUGUUGAAAAAUAUGUCAUAUGCAAAUGUGUUUAUUCAUAAUAUUUUUGUGCAGAGGAUUGCUCGAUUCAAAUUUAAUAGGUAUAUGAGUCCCUAACUGAAUUUUAAUUUACCAUAUAAAGUGAACAGGAGAUAACUUUUUAUAUAUAUAGUAUUUUCAGUUUUAUUCAGAAUAGUCCAUUAAACAGCCAUCAUGUCCUAGAACUGUCCAUAGCAUGACCAUGAAGUUUUAUGUAAAUAUAAUGUUGAAUUUUCCAUGUCUUAAAAUCCGUGAUCUCAUAUUUUUAUGGUGACAUUUUAGAUAUUGUAUCAAACAUGUUUAAUGUACAUAUAUUUUAGUGCUUUCGUUUUUAAAUGGAUGAACAAUGUGAUUACUCAAUGUAUUUGUUUAUUGAGGCCUUAAAGUAUAAAGUACAUAAAUGUAAGAUUUUUUUAUGGGAAGUGUUGUCAGGUUGCCCCCCCAAUGCAGUUAUUAUAAGUACAAUAAAGAAGGAUAGCUAUACAACAUGUUGUAGACCAGAUUAGUACAAUAAGGAAACAAAUGUUGUGAAAUUAAAUUAAAUUAAUAUAUGUACUUCACUUCAAUGUAUACUCGAAAUGAAUUGAUGUCCCUGUUUACUUGUUACAUGUCUUCAAGCCAUCCUCAAGGGAACAGCUAACCCCCCUUCGAGGGACCUGCUGUUUAUGGACUGAUCAUGUCACGACUUGGUUUAAACCUUUUGAAAUGAGAGAGAUGAUUAGUUAGAUAAUUAAAUUUUAGUCUAUCUGCCCAUUUCUAUGACAGUCAUUCAGUUAAUGAUAACUUAUAAUAUUGCAGGUAUCUUCUUGUAUUUAUACAUCUUUCACAGCCAACCAAACACUAUUUUAUUAUACAUUUCAAAUAAAAUAGUUACAGUGCAUAUUGUUGUCAAUUAGUGGCUUAACAAGUUAAAAUUAACGAGUUGUCUUAAAAAAAAGGAUAAUGAUCCUCAGAACCUGAUGUUUUUUUAGACCUUAAUAAUUCAUUGUAAAUAAAUAGUGAAAAUUAUUCUUGCACUGUUCAGUAUUGAUUUGUAAUGACAAAGCAUUAGCAAGCUGACUCCGUGAAAUCCUUAUUUAUGUAGAUAGGAAUUCAAAGUGUCAUCAAAUGGUUUAUAUGCAUUUUUUUAAAGCCUUAAAAUUAUUUUUGUUACCCAAGUUAUUUAAUAUUGUCAGAUUUGUAUAUGUCCUGUCAGACAAUUUUUAAGGAGAAUCAUAAAAGAUAGCAUUGUCUCCCCUGUUCAGAAGAUUGUAAUUGCAUUCCUAUAAGGUGUUUCCUGAUCUUGAUCUGCAUGAUUUUUUGUUCAUGAAGAUCUUUAUGUUGGGUAAUUUUUUUACAUCACAAAUAAUUUUGGCCACGUUUAAAAAUACAUUUUGUCUAUUAGUGGUCUCCUGACUAUUACUGAUUUAGUAAAAUAUUAUUUUGUGACUUAAACACUCCAAAAUGAAUGCUUAAAUAAGUUUUGAUAUUUUUACCCCUUAUGUGUCCCCUUAAAAGUAUGAUAUGUGUAGUUUGGUCUUUACAUUAAAGACCUUCAUGAAUAUUCAUGAUGAUAAGUUAAAGACCCUCAUGAUUGAUUGAUUGUUGGUUGCUUCACGCCGCAUUCAUUAUGAUAAGUUACUUGGGUAAGUCAUUUCUUUGUUACAACUUUUGUUUUAAUUUGUCAUUAAUCUAGAUACUAUUUAUCAAUCACAUUGAACAAGAAAAUAAAUAUUCAUGAGGUACAUGCACAAUGUUGAUUUUGCGAUAUAAAAAUUAUUUUAAUCUUAAUAUUCAUAAUGAGAGAUAUUUUACAGCUUUGGUGCAGUUUAAAAUUUUAUUGAUUGAAUUCUUCUGGUUUUAUUAAUGUUUUUGAAUAUUUAUAGUUCUUUUAAUGACCAAUUUGAAUGUAUUCAAAAACUCAUGUAAUAAUAAAAAGCAAUUUCACAAAUAUAUUUGAAACUAAAAAGUAUUAAAAAACUAAAAAAAAAUUAAGUUGUUUAUUUAGAAAACAGGUUGAAUGAUAAUAUUGAUACCUACAUGAAACCCUUAUAUUUUUGUUUCCAUGCAUGCAUUUCUUCUAAUAUUCUAGUCCUAUGAGCUUACUUGCAAAUACUGGUAAUUAAGGUGCUAAUAAAGUGUAUUUAUGUUCAAAUUGCAGUCAAAAAUUUGGGUGGCUUAAUGUUGAGGGAAGGUUGUUUGAAAAUUUGUUGUUGAAAAUGUGCAACUUGGGCAGUGAUGUUUUUUGAUUUGGUUGGUAUACUUGCUGAGCAUUUAUAUAUAUUUUUUGUAUACUAAAAUAACUUUCUAGAGAUAAUGGGACAUAUGGGGUAUUAUUUUCUUUAAUGUUCAUAUCUUGAUAAUGUAGUGCCAUCAAUUUUAUUACAUUUAUUUCACUACAAAGUGAUGCAAAAAUUUGGACAAGAACUAAUUUGGUUCUAUAUAAAAUUCAACUCCACCUAAUGGUUUUCAAAGUGUGAUUAAAAGUAAGUGUUGAGAAAUGGUCUUGAAAUUUAUAUUUCCACUUUUUUAAUGUCAUGAUUUGCUUGGAGGAACCCUCUUAUAAAUUGUGAAAUAUUUGUGUCAAAUACCUACAAAUUGCAAUUUAAAAUGUUAAUAGUGUUCAGAAAUAAAUGGCAAUUUUGUGUAUUCAACGAUUGUAGCAUAUAAAAUACAAGAUGAAAUUAUUAAUCUGAAAUUGUUAGCAUCUGUGCAGUAAAGUUUAGUAUACUUAUUUUCUGAAAUUGUAUUCUCUUGGUUAAGAUUGUGAAAAUAUCAGUAAUUUAUACAACUUGCAGUAAUUCUGAUGCAUUAUCCAGAUUGCUUUUCAUUAUAAACUCCUGGACCAUUAAAUUUACUGCGUUUAGUCAGUUCUUAAAAAAAAAGGUUAGGGGAAUAAGACAUACUUGUAAUCCAUCAUCCAUGUAUCAUAUCAAUACACAUUAUUUUUUGGUGUUUUUACUUAUCAUGUGCAAGUUAGCAGCAAACUUAAGAUACAAACUUUAAAGACUUGUGAAAUGUAUUUAAGACAACAUAAAAUUUAGAAUUAAACAUUUUGAUACCAUUUCUUUUUAGAUUUCACUUAAACCAUUAAAUGGUCUUUACAAAACAAAGUGAAAAUGCCGUGUUGUGUGCAUACUUAAAUAAAGCUAGCUGAAAUCAGGAUAUGGUUUCAGAUACUUUUUUUAAUACCAAGAAAGGUAAAGGUAGAAUAUAGGUAUAAGUUUUUUUUCUGAAAACAUAAUAUGACUGGUUGCAAUAACAUGUCUGUACAUAAUCAUUUAUAAAACAGGUUUUGUAUAUGUUUAUGAAAAAUGUAUGAACAAUCUUGGUUGUAUCAUUUUAAUGAUUUUUUUAGAAGGCAAGUUGUUUAGAUAUUGUAUUUACUGGGAUAUGAUUACAUGUCCUUUAUAAUACUGAAAUGUGAUAUUACAGGCAGUUAAAAUUAUGUAAGGACUAAGCAUGAUAUGAGAAGAAUGUUUAAACAAGAGGGACAAAAUCAACUUAAUCAAAUUUUAAGGGGCAAACUAUCAAAAAGACU